CUCCGAAAGGAUGAUUUCGCUCUUCUUCUUGAUCAGUGUCGUGCGCAUUUCGCGCGGCUUCGUGACUAGAGAAUGCCUCGAGGAAAGGCGGUCACGCAUGCUGACCUCGCGCCGAGGCGAGGGAGGACCCAACUGGGUAGCAAGACGGGCGCCGCCCUCGUGGUCUUGACGAUCCUGUGCGGCCUGUUCAGCUUCAUUCUCUGCCUAGUCGCCGAAGCUACACGUUCGCAGGUGACUUGGCAAUCCAAUCCUAAUAGCAGUGAAGAUGGAGGGGCUGGCAACUACGAAUGUGUGUACAGCGGGAGCGGGAAGAUGCCGCUGUUGGCGGCGGGGAGCGCGUUCUUGAUAUUGGCGAUGGCCAUCGUGGUCGAGCACACCUACCUGUUGGUCGCCGUCAGCAAAUUGCCGCCUUCUUCGCCGGCUUUUGCUGCCAGGACCCUCUCAUGGCAUGCGGCGUUCUUCUUUGUCUCCACCUGGAUUUCUUUUGCAGUUGGGGAGAUUCUACUGCUGAUUGGGCUGAGCGUUGAGUCGGGCCACCUCAGGAACUGGGCUAAGCCGAGGCCCAGCUGCCUCAUCAUCCGGGAGGGCCUCUUCUGCGCCGCCGGCGUCUUCGCCUUGGCCACGGUCUUCCUGGCCGCGGGCCUAUACCUGACCGUCCUACGUGCCGAGAAGGCCUUCCGAGAGCAAGAGAUCGCGAGGCAGGAGAUGCUCGAGGCCUCGGUGCUGUACGCAUCCCCGCCUCGGUCGCCGCCACCCCGCAUCACGGCCGUCAAUCGCGAGGCCCCCAUGAGCGGGGGUGCUCACCAGGGCCAGCAAGAUCCCACUCUUGGGUUCCAUUCAGUCUUCAGCAAGUUCUCUGAUGUGGUGUGAGCCAAGUGGCAUAUCCCUUGGGCUUGGGAGUCAGUUUUUAUUGGGCUAAAGUUCUAGGAAAGAUACAAGUCAGGAAUUUUCCUUUCUCUGUGAGUGAAAAUGUGAGAGGCUUCAUUAAAGUCUGUGAAUAUUCAACUUUUUUUUUUUUU